UGCGGGGAGAAAGCGGCUGUGGAGAGAACGUGUCUCGACCGAGUGCUUGGAUUCAGCUUCUUCAUUUCCAACAUGGAAGAAACUUACAUCGAUUCCCUGGACCCUGAAAAGCUAUUACAAUGCCCCUAUGAUAAAAACCACCAGAUCAGGGCCUGCAGGUUUCCUUAUCAUCUUAUCAAGUGCAGAAAGAAUCAUCCUGAUGUCGCAAACAAAUUGGCUACUUGUCCCUUCAAUGCUCGUCACCAGGUUCCUCGGGCUGAAAUCAGUCAUCAUAUCUCAAGCUGUGAUGAUAAAAGUUGUAUUGAGCAGGAUGUUGUCAACCAAACCAGGAACCUUGGACAAGAGACUCUGGCUGAGAGCACAUGGCAGUGCCCUCUUUGCGAUGAAGAUUGGGAUAAAGAUCUGUGGGAACAGACCAGCACCCCAUUUGUCUGGGGCACAGCCAACUACUGUGGCAACAACAGCCCUGCAAGCAACAUAGUUGUGGAACAUAAGAGUAACCUGGCUUCAGGCAUGCGUGUUCCUAAGUCUCUGCCAUAUGUUCUGCCAUGGAAAAACAAUGGAAAUGCACAGUAAAUGAAUAUCUCAUCAAAUGCCAGACCCUAGAAGACUCUUGCUUCUUCCUGCCACCAAUGGGUUCUUCAUGGUUUUUCCUCCUAAUCUAAUUAUAGAAAGAUAAACUGUCUGUGACUUUCAAAAA